AUGGAGAAGGCCCAUAACUGGCUCUAUGUCAGGAGCAAAUCGAAAACCAAGCGCUUGGCGGCCCAGCCCGAAGUUGCCAGCCGCGACUAUGGCCCGAAGACCUGUGAUGCGGCUCCCAAAACAGAACACAUCCCCUCAGUUCUCCCGGCUUCUUGUGAACCGUCGAUUGUUCCUCAACCCAACAUGGACUUCGUCCUGUUCGAUGACGACGGCGAAGCCGAUGCCGUGGGCGAGGAGGAUGACAGCCUCUACGGCGGCUACGGGGAUUCCGAAGGCGCCGGGAGUUACCUGCCAUGGACAUCGCCCUCGACGCGGCUGCGGAAGAAUGAGCUGUUUAUCGAAAUGUUCAGUCAGGCUUACAACAGCGCCGAAGACAAGACAGCCAUGACGACCGACCCUGGCGACGCCGAAGCGGCUUCCGGCUUGUCCGAGCCAACGCCACCUCGGGGCAUCCAAGUUCCCAACCAAGGUGGUGAUCACGGUCAGUUUGUUGGCGAUAUGGCAAUCAAGAUCGAGUCGCCCGUCAUGGCUGUCAAAGCCAUCACUCCGAGGAAGAGAAAUCACGAACCCGUCGAAGCCGAUCCGGCAGAAACGGGGCGAUCGUCCCUGCCGGCAGGCGGUAACUCAUUGUCCGGCAACCAUAAAGCCCAAGCAGGCCAGGCGAUGCCGACCGGACAGCGGGCCCGCGUGUUCCCAGACCAAAGUGGCGACGGUGAUGAUUGUUUCCGUCCAAAGAAGAAGUCGAAGCCAGACCCGUCGGAAGACUUCACCGACAAGAGCAUGCCCGACAUCUUCCACUAUGCCCACCCGCAAAUAUACAACAGGAAUCGGUCGGACAAAUAUUCGCCGUGCCACACUGUGCAUCGAGAGAUCUCUACACUGGUGCGGCAUCUGAGCAGACCGGCCCAUCGCUUCAAGGUCACAGAGCGAGUCAUAUCCUCAUUUGAUGUCGAAGACCCUGACUUCAGACACCCAAGAGCCGGCGUCUGCCGGUGCUGCUGGCAGACUUUCAACGAUCGCCAAGCAUUCGACGCCCACGUGUCCCUUCCGUGCGAAAGGGUCUCCAAGGGGAAGCGAGAGAAGUGGCGUGUUCUGUAUCAGAGCUUCACCCCGCUGCUCAACUCUGCUACUGCUCUACCAGGCCCCGGGCAAAGCGAGCCGACCAAAGAACAACAACGGGGGAUGUUCUCCGGCCACCUGAACGGCCCUCUCGUUUCCAACGACGACAAUGUCUGCGACGAGGCGGGAACCCCACCGACAUCGGUCCCAUCGCCCGGCCUACUCUCGUCUGUUAGCUUUGUCGGGGGAGGUUCACUGGUCCCCGCCGAAGAGCACCGCAAGCUUCAGGAGGAGCAUCGCACCUUGCGUGAAAGGCACCAGCAACUCGAGCGCGUUACGCAGGUCCUGCUCGCCAGGCAGCUUAUGCAGGAUAAGUUGACGCACGAAGCAGCAACCGGCCCGCACACCGGGCCCUCUGGAGUUGGGACGUCGCACACCAGCUACCCCUCCGCAUCACCGGACGGCUCUGAGCGAGACAGCCUUGUCCAGCACAUGGACUCGCAGUCCACCAACGUUGACGUGUACCGAUUCAUGGAGGAAAUGGAGGACAUGGAGGGUCCGCGCCAGUCGCUUCCCAGGAUGAACUCCGGGCUCAGCACUGCGUCCCGGUCAACCAUCUACCACGUACCCUUGAGUCCGCCUCCGCGGCGGGCGGAGCUUCCGGCCCACAAGAGCGACGGCUCCGCAAGCCAAGCACACCAGCCUCCGCCACCGUCCAUCCCCGACUCGGGCUACGGCAGCGACCAACGGCGCGGCAGCCUCGCCGAGCUCCUCCCCGGCGCGGGCACGGGCGAACAAGCGGACACAAGACCGAUGAUGCCACCGUCCAAUGCGGCGGAGAAAUCACAAGACGAUCCAGCAUUCAACCAGGGGCUUUCGUGGGGGGACAACAACCCCUUUGCAAAACCGCUCGCGGCGGCCACCAGCACACCGUCCCCGCAGAACAGCCAACAGCUCGGCUUCAUACCACUACCAGACCAGGAGACGACGGCCCACUACGAGGACGCCGCCUUCCAUCUGUUUUACCCGGACCCGAACCUGCAAUCGCAGUCUUCACCUCCCGCUUUUACGUUUGAGUAUCCCUCGCAACUAGAGUAG